CCAAAUCAAAUUCCGCUCAAAUAUCUUGAACACUGGAAUUCAGGGUUCCAUUAAGCUUGGUUUUGUUUGUCUGAGGAACCAUGGAGACUGUACUUGGAAAGAAGACAACCCUUAUCAGUAUUCUGUCCAGUGAUAUAGUCUUCCUCCUGCAGCAUGUGCAAGAGAAAAAACUGAUAACGGAUCGUGACUACAGGAAACUGAAAGUCAACUUUAGGGACUCUGAGCAAAUUACUAUCGACUUACUGGACAAACUGGUUGACAGGGGGGAUGAUAUAUGCCUUAAAUUUAUCAGUUUGCUACAUCAGGAGCCAAUACAGAAGACCUUUACACGGUUAGGAGAACACUUCUCACCUCAGCCUCCUGCCACCUGUCAAGAAAUUUCAGCCCAGAGAACCAGCGAGGUCUUGGAAUACAAGUUGUCAAGCGUCCCACGUGGUUUCUGUGUGAUCAUCAACAAUGUGGAUUUUAUAACUAUGGGAACCAGGAAGGGAUCUGAACGCGAUGCCGAUGCCCUGAGUAAGGUCUUCAAGUGGCUCGGAUUCACUGUGGAGCUCUACAAAAACCAGACUUCCCUGGAGAUGCUAAACUUGGUGCAUGAGAUCAGCAAGAGGGGUGACCAUGGAGACAUCUUUGUGUGUUGCAUACUCACCCAUGGCAGCAAUGAUGGUGUUUUUGGGAUUGAUGGAGACAUUAUCCGUGUGAAGCACAUCCUUGAUCAAUUCAAUGCACUCAACUGCCCUGCAUUAGCCAAUAAACCCAAGCUUUUCUUCAUAGAGGCAUCACGUGGAACCAUGCAUCAAGUCAGUGUGCAGGUUCCUUUUGUUGAACCUGAGAGGUCCAAGUAUCCUCGAUUGGCCAGUGAACAUACAUUGCCUCACGGAACCAAGUACCAAUAUACUGUGCCUCACGGAACCAAGUACCAAUAUACUGUGCAAGGUUCCUCAGAUGGCCCCAAGGGGUCUGAGUCUGAACAUCACAUGAUCACCAUCCCAGUCAAUUCUGAUUUCUUUGUGGGCAUGGCAACUAUUGAUGGUUACUUUUCGUACAGAAACCAACGCGACGGCUGCUUCUUCACCCAGUCUCUCUGCAAUCAACUGACUCAAAAUUGUCCCAAUGAGGAAGAUAUCCAGACCAUUUUUCUGCGUGUUGUUGACGAGGUCAGCAGCCGCGAGGUGAAAAUAAUGAAAGAAGCAUUCAAACAAACACCUGAGUCAACUUCUACCCUGAGAAAGAAAGUCAUUCUCCGUGCACUACCCAAAGGCCACACCUCCUGAGUCUCAAACCUCCUGACUGUGGGCAUCUGAUGGUGCUCAGUGCUGGAAUCCCAAUAUCUACUUAAAGCUUUCACAUAAGCAUACCACAAUAUUGCAUAUCAAGGCACGAAGGGCAGACUUGAGAAUAUGAGAUGUCUGUUUUGUAGUGUUUGUCUGUCUUUAAAAAAAAUAAAAUAACAUAAACCGGUUUUUCAGAUGUGAGAAAGAGACGUUGAGAGAAGCACUCUGUUUCCACGCGACUGUACAAAUUAUGUUCCCGAACAUCAGCCCGUA